AUGGAACUUGUUUACGCUGUGGGGAGCCCCGAAGGGGCCGCGUGCGCCUUGGUAGCUUCUUACGCGUUUCCGCCGGGGUCGAUGGUGAUCAGCGCGCUGGGGGCGAACGCGGCGAAAGCAGCGGGCCAGACACCUCGCCUCUACACCCCCGACGGCGAACUCCACGAACCCGUCACUAUCAUUCAUUAUCUUUGCGACAAGUCGGAUUCACGCGAAGUUCUUCUUGGUCCAGAAAAGAAUAUUCAGGCCCAGGCGGAAGUGGACCAGUGGUUCUCUUUCUGCGCCUCGCGCUGCUUCCAGAUUGCCAGCAGCAACGACUUCAACGAAUUCAACACUGCGCUGCAGCUGCGGACUUUUCUUUGUGGAAAUAAUCUGUCUUUGGCGGAUCUCGUGGCCAUGGCUUCUUUGUACAGUGCCAUGAGAAGAGCCUCUUUGAAGGAACUUCAAGUUUAUAAAAAUGUCACGAGAUGGUUCAGCCACAUGCAGAAUCUGCCAGGAAUUAAAGAGCAGCGGGUGCAGGACUUCAGCAAAAUAGAACUGCCCACAUCCUCCCCAGACGAGCUGCUGCAGGCGGCGAAGGCAUUGGGGCCUUCGGGGAAGGAGGAGCAGCAAGGCAAGCAGCAGAAGCAGCAGCAGAAGCAGCAGCAGCAGCAGCAGAAGCAGCAGCAGCAGCAGCAAGAGGGCGGCAAGGCGGGAAUUGAGAAGCGGGGAGACGCAGCGAGCCCGCAGUCCGCCGCGGAAGACAAGAAGAAGAAAGGAGCAGCAGCAACAGCAGCAACAGCAGCAGCAGCAACAGCAGCAACAGCAGCAGCAGCAGCAGAAAGGCCAGUGGAUGACCCCAUGCGUCUGGACAUGCGAGUGGGUUUGGUGCGGAAGGUGUGGAGACACCCGGAGGCGGACAAGCUGUACUGCGAGGAGAUCGACUUCGGGCCGCUGGGCGUGCGCCAGAUUGCCUCGGGGCUGGUGCAGCACCUGCAGCAGCAGCAAUUCGAGCAGCAAAAAGUAAUUGUGCUUUUUAAUUUAAAACAAAAAGCCCUUCGAGGUUUUAAUUCCCACGGAAUGGUCUUAUGCGCAAACUCGGCGGACAAGACCGCCGUGCAGCUCCUCCAGCCCCACCCCGACACCCCUUUGGGAGAGCGCGUUUAUAUUGAGGGCCUUUCUGGGGAGCCAGAUGAAGUGCUGAGCAGCAAAAAGGGAAAGGACACAUUUGCUGCUGUGGCUCCAUUCCUCAACACAAAAGAUGACUGCAUUGCCUACUUCAAGGUGCAGCAGCAAAAAGUGCAACAGCAGCAGCAGGAGCUGAGGAAACAAUGA